AUGGCGCUAUUGACCAGCUUGACGACGCUACAAAUUGCUAUUAAGCUACACGACAGCAAAAAGAUUAAAAUCAGCACCCUGGCGAACCUUAGCCGGGGUCAAUUUGGCCCUCAGGACAUUGAGGAGAUGGAAUGGAAAAUCAUCAUGGCUCUCAACUGGAAGCUUCAUCCUCCGACGCAGUACGCCUUCGUUUCUCAUCUUCUUUUGUUUUUACCAGUCGAGACUAAUUCUGCAGUUCGCAAGGAUUUGUUAGAAUUGUCUCGGUAUUUGACGGAAUUGGCAAUCUGUGAUUCGUAUUUCGUCGCAGAAAACAACUCGACGGUGGCCUUUGCUGCAGUUUUGAACGUUAUGGACGAGAUGAAUUAUACUCGCCUCUCUGCUGGAACGCGUGAACGCUUUCUUCUGGUGAUUAGGGACAGUAUUGGUCUGCAACAUCGAUCCCCACGAGUAGUUGCUGCCAGACAACGUCUCAAAACUAUGUUCUCGGCAUCCUCGGGGCAGAGAGGUGUACCCUCUUUCGCUUCUCAACAAGAAACAAACAACGAGAACGAUUCGAGUUCCAUGGCGGGCAAUUCAAUGUCGUCUGCUGGAUCAAACAUUUCUAGCAACAAUUGUUCCGACGGCCGAUACGGCCACCGCACACGAGCGAACAGUUUUGACAGUGUAGGCAGUUGCCGCUACUCGCCUUCUCCUGCGCAUCGUCGAUGCGUGCUGACUAGCGUCUCUCCAUUGGCAGCGUCUCACUCGCGUUUAUCCUCCUCACCAAUGGUGGCGGGAGUACAAUGA